UUGACCUCAGAGUAAUGCGCCCUUUCUAGCAACCGGUAGCACCUCAUUUCCCUCAAACCCCUGCCGUGCGUCACGGUCAGCGCGCGUACCCUGCGGCCCCCCAUGUGCCCAAGGCGACCGGGCAACCGUAAGGUGUGAAGUGAGAGUUGACACAGCGCCCGACACUGCAGGCCUGAGCGAAACCGGCCCCCUCUGCGCUCAGGGCUUUGCCCGGCUCAAUUAGCGUGACAUACUUUCCUCUGUGAUCGCCUGCCUUCCGCCCGGCUUCUGGACACAGCGGAUUAUGCCCACUAACUUCGGCUGCGCACUUCCCAGGAGGCACAACAAAAAGGGAUAUGGCUGAGUUUAUUCCUCAGAAGAAGAUUGUGUACAAUGGCUUGCUGCCUUACUCUGACCGGUUGGACCGGGAGGCCACGGAACUGUUGGCGGAGAUCAAAGCGAACCUGUGCAGAGCUGUCCUCCUCAGAGAGCUGUGGCCCGGGGUCGCUUUCUGGUCCAGGAAACUUUUCUCGUUUCUAAAGCUGUACGGCCGCAGGUUCAGCAAAGAUGACCACAUCCUCUUCAUCAAGCUGCUCUAUGAGUUGGUCACGCUCCCAAACCUGGAGCCACACAUGAUACAGAGCUAUGCCAGGCUGCUCAUUCAGCUUCUCAAGAAGAAAGAACUUCUAUCAAGGGAUGACCUCCAGCUGCCGUGGCGGCCGCUCUAUGAUCUCUACGAGAGGGUCUUCUACUCCAAAACCGAGCACCUUGGGCUCAUCUGGUUCCCUAACUCCGUGGACCACAUUUUGAAAGCUUUGAUCAAAAGCUGCAGACUGUAUUUCCCUGCAUCAUCCACCAAAGAGAUGCUGGAUGAGUGGCGCCCCCUGCUGUGUGUGUUUGACGUGGUCAUGCAGAAGGCCAUCAGCAACAUGGAGCUGUUCCUGCCUACCAUCAUGCCCCCGGAGGAACACAGCCAGGGCUUCCAGUUGUGGUUUGAUGAAUUAAUGAAUCUUUGGAUGUCGUUGCAAAAUCAGCCAAGCUGGGAAGGGCACUUAGUGAACCUGUUUGCUCGCCUUGCCAAUGAUAACAUAGGCUACGUGGACUGGACCCCUUAUAUUCCCACAAUCUUCACCAGGAUCCUGCGAAGUCUGAACCUUCCAGUUGGGGUCAGUCAGAUGGUGUCACCUCGGUAUCUUACCAACUCCUAUGACAUUGGAUACAUAGUGUUGUGGGUGACAGCACUUCUGGGUGGACCAGGAAACCCUGCACAGAAAGAGCUGACCUGCCUCUUCAACAGCAUUGCGUCCUUCUACCAUCCAUCCAAUCACGGUCGCUGGCAGUCUCGACUGAUGAGGCUGCUUCAGCGUCUUCCAGCGAGCGUUGUGCGCCGUGUGCACCGGGAACGCCACGCUUCCCCUUGCUGGAUCACACUGGUCCCUGAGCAUCAACAGUUAACAGAUGCCGAUCUGCAGGAGUUCACCCGCAGUCUCACUGGAGCCGCCCUUCUGGCUAUGUUCAGUAAAACUGACAGUACAGAUGCAGCGUACGCUCUUCAGAACCUGGCUCUCCUCACACCAGAGCUUGUCAUACCACCUGUUCUUGAGAAAACCUAUGCAGCAAUGGAGACCCUGACUGAGCCGCACACCCUCACUGCCACCCUCAGCUGCAUGAUUGGGAUGGCUCGCAGUCUUGUUUCCCCUAACAACCGUUACCCAGAGGGCUGUGCGCACGUGCUCCCACUGCUUAUGGGCUCUCUGCCAGGCGUGGACCCCAAUGACUUUAGCAAGUGUAUGAUAACGUUCCAGUUCAUCACCACCUUCACCACUCUGGUGCCUUUAGUGGAUUGUUCGUCUGCUCCCUCCCAGCGCAAUGAUCUCACAGAGAUUGAAAAGGAUCUGUGUUUCGCUUCGGCUGAGUUUGAAGACUUUGUUCUGCAGUUCCUGGACAGGUGCUUUGCUCUGAUAGACAGCAGUACCCUGGAACAGACACGAGAUGAGAUGGAGACGGAUACUCAGACUCAUUUGGAAAGCCUGGUGGAGUUGGGCCUUUCCUCCACUGUGAGCACAAUCUUAACACAGUGCUCGCUGGAAAUAUACAAGGUUGCAUUGCAGAAAGUGUUUAACUUUGCCACCUCAAACAUCUUCGAGACAUGCGUGUCAGGCAGGAUGGUGGCUGACAUGUGCAGAGCUGCAGCAAAGUGUCAUCCUUCCGAGUCUCUCCGACUGUUUGUCCCUCACUGCUGCAGCGUCAUCUCCCACAUUACUGACAAUGAGGAGCUGCAGAAUGAAGAUGAGCUGGAUAAGGAGCUGCUGUGGAAUCUCCAGCUGCUCUCUGAGGUAACCCGUGUGGAUGGCAAACAGAUGUUAAAAUAUCAAGGCGACCUGGAGCGGAUCUUGCGUGUGUGUGUGCGUCUGCGCUGCAAACGGGCAUACACACUCGCCUGCAGUCUUCUGGAGCACACACUCCGAUCGUUUUCCCUCAUCUAUCCCACUGAGUACCGCAGCACCUCUGGCGGCUUUGUUACUGACCUCCCUAUUCGGGACUGGGGCAGACCAGGAGAUGUGGCAGCGUUGGGUGUACGUUGGCAUGUGCCCGGACCGGAGGAGGAAAGCUUUGUUUUCCAUCUUUUGUCCCACCUCCUGCACCCUGAGCUGCAACGAAUCAAGGGUCACGUCUCUGGAGAGCAGCCAAUGAGCAGGGAGGAGUUGUUGCAGAGUCUCGCUAUUGUGCAGCACUGCCUUCUUGGAGCUGGAAAUCUGCUGCCCCCACUGGAUGGACCGCACGUAUCCGACCUGGUUUCCUCCAUGGUGAAUCUUGGGGAGGUCAAGCUGUAUAUAGGUGUUGACUACGAUGCUUCAAGGGAGAACUACCGAGAGUCCAUCUGCCAAACCAUGAGACUGCUGCUACAUCAUAUCUUAGAGCACUCAGAGGAUGAUACAAAGUCACUGUUUGUCAUUAUUAAGAUCAUCAGUGACCUCAUGUUUUUCCGAGGCACUCACAAGAAGGAGUUUGACUCACGCUGGAAAAGCUUCACCCUCGUCAAGAAGUCCAUGGAAAACAGGCUUCUUGGGAAGAAGCAGCACAUUAGAGCUCUGCUCAUUGACCGAAUUUUGCUCCAGCAUGAGAUGAGAAAGAUGGUUGUGGAGGGGAGUGAAUAUAAAGUGGUUCAUCGGGAUCUGCUCUGUGAUCUGCUGCUGCUUUCUACCAGCACUUAUAGCCAGGUACGCAGCAGGGCACAGAAUGUGCUUAUAGCUGCCUUGGGAACCUAUAGUUUCUCUUACAGAGACCUCAUUCCCCGAAUCCUACAACUGUUGUCGCCACAACACACCAGUGUCACGCAGCAGCAGUUUAAGGGUGCUCUGUACUGCCUUCUGGGUAUGUAUAGUGGUAUUCCUAUGGCCAGUGCAAGGGACUGGGAAUGGGUUGGGCAGGUGUGGCCUGCUCUGGUCCGCUGCGGCUUAUCCCCCACAAUGAGCCUGGAGAAACCAUCAAUCGGUCGUCUGCUUGAUGACAUCACUGACAGGAUCCUUCGCCAGCAUGACACUAUCGGAAUCAACUUCACUGUGUCUGAGGGAUGUGUAGAAGUAGCCAUUCAGAUUGCACAAUCGAAAAUUCCCACAUCUUGUUUAGAGGUACCAUCCAAAGAGGAGAUAAAAGAAGGGCUUCAGCGUCAGCGAAUUAGAAAUGUGGUUGCUGCACGGAAAUAUGAAAAGUUAGUCAAUGACCUCUUGGACUGCCUUGAAGACAGAGACUUACCCUGGAAGUUUGAGCACAUGGCGACAGACUGGCUAUCUCUCCUGUUGAGGGAAGAUCACCCACUUCCCCCUGAUGCUGUCCUCUACUUCACGCAGAGCCUCGUGCAUGAUUCCAUCAGCAUACGCAAGGUUGCAAUCUCAGCAAUGGCUGGUAUCCUGAAGCAGCUGAAACGACCGAGUAAGAAAGUGGCCGUAAAGCCAUCAGAUAUCAGUGGGAUCGAGGAACCUGAUGGGCUGUGCGUGGGGGAUCGGGAGAGAAAUCGCUGGUUGCAGUACGACAGCAACAACCUACCUCUGACUCAGGAAAAGUGGGACUCUCAGUGUUUUGUGGAGAAGACACACUGGGGAUACUACUCAUGGCCGAGAGAAAUGAUGAUCUAUGCAUCUUCGGAAAAGCCAAAAGAUGACCUGCCAUACGAGGAGAUGAGUGAGGGUGAAAAGAUCAUCUUUGAAUACUUCUCGGACCCAGAAUUUAUUGAUCAGCUGAUCGAGUUUCUCUCUCUGGAGGAUCGGAAAGGAAAGGACAGCUUCAACCCUCGACGUUUUCUCCUCUUCAAGGGGCUCUUUCGUAACUAUGGUGAUGCAUUCCUGCCAUUACUACGGCCUCACCUGGAGCAGCUUGCCAGUGACCCCCAUGAGAGCUCCCAGCGCUGUGUGUGUGAGAUUACUGCAGGGUUAAUCAGAGGCAGUAAACACUGGAGUUUCAGCAAGGUGGAAAAGUUAUGGCAGUUUUUGUGCCCUUUGAUCAAGACGGCAUUAACCAACAUCACAGUGGAAACCUACACAGACUGGGGAACCUGCAUCGCUACUGCUUGUGAGGGAAGAGACCCCAGGAAACUCCACUGGCUGUUUGAGUUGCUGAUGGAGAGCCCCCUCAGCGGAGAGGGCAGCUCAUUCAGAGAUGCCAGUUUGCUGUAUGUGCUUCAGGGAGGUCUGGCUCAGCAGCAGUGGAGAGUUUCUGAACUGCUGCACAGGCUGCUAGCCUACCUGGAGCCCAAACUCACCCAGGUGUACAAAAAUGUCAGGGAGCGCAUUGGCAGUGUCCUGACCUAUAUCUUCAUGAUAGACGUGGCUCUGCCCCACACCCGGCCCACUACCUCCCCCCAUGUGGCAGAAUUCGUCACACGGGUCCUAGAGCGACUCAAGCCCCUCACAUCGGAGCCGGAGAUCCACAACCACGUACACGAGGAGAACACCCAGGAGACAGAUGAGCGCACCCAGGCUGUCAAACUGCUCAAGACGGUCCUAAAAUGGCUGAUGACGAGUGCAGGGCGAACCUUUACCACUCCUGUUCAGCAGCAGCUACAGCUCCUGCCUCUACUCUUCAAGAUUGCCCCGGUGGAGAUUGAUGAGAGCUAUGAUGAGAUGAAGCAGGAUGCACGCACGUGUCUCUCUCUCAUGUCCCAGGGCCUGCUGUAUCCUGAGCACAUCCCUCUGGUUCUGGCUGCACUGGAAGAGAUGGCAGGCAGCAGGUCAUGGCAUGCACGCUUCUCAGUGCUGACCUACCUCCAGAUCAUGGUUUUCUACAAUUUGUUUACUCUGCUCAGUGUGCCUGCUGAGGUUCUCCGCAUCCGAAAGCUGGUGAUGCAGCUGCUGCUAGAUGAGCAGCUUGAGGUGAGGGACAUGGCAUGCACCACCCUCAGUGGUUUACUGCAGUGCCAGUUCUUCCCUCUGGACUCCAGUCUGCAGACACAGCUCCAGACGCUGAGUCAGACUUGCCUCCCCAAGGCCCGAGGGGAGCUGGCCUCUACAGAUUUAGUGCGGCGCCAUGCUGGAGUGCUCGGCCUCAGUGCGUGCAUCCUGUCGAGCCCCUAUGAUGUCCCAGACUGGAUGCCUCAGAUAUUGAUGGACCUGAGCAGCCAUCUCAAUGACCCACAGCCUAUAGAGAUGACGGUGAAGAAGACUUUGUCAGAAUUUCGGCGUACUCACCACGAUAACUGGCAGGAGCAUCGGCAGUGCUUCACUGACGAUCAGCUGCUCGUGCUCACAGACCUGCUGGUGUCACCCUGUUAUUACGCCUAGACAGCCAUUUCCUGCCUUCCCAGGUCCUCGACAACCAUGUAGGACCACUACCAGAGAAAUCAAUUACACUACUGCUAGGAACUCCAGUUUUCUGUGCAGCCUGUAAAAUAAUAUCUGAUAAUGCUAGCAGGGCGCUCUCCCUCUGGAACCUCACUUGCCACCGUUGGCCUUCACUAAACCCAGCAAGGAAGCAAUACUGGGCAAAAUGGUUUCAAAUGGUUUUUAACUAACAUGGUAUUUUUAGUCAUUCUCGCAAAACAGUUAAGCAGCCCCAAAGGUGGCCACUUUAGAGGUAGCGGUUUGGUUUAUAUUGAGAAAGUCUUUUUAUUGCUAAUCAUCAUUGUUCCUGUAUGUACUAUUAAAAGAGUUCUAACCUGUGCAUGUUAUUAAAUACAAGGAAAACAUUCCUUCAUGAUAAUGUUCAUGUUUGAAAUUAUAAAUAUAUAUAAAUGUAUACGAUAUAUUCUGAAAUAUAUGUAAAACUAAUAUAAAAAUGAUCGUUGUUGUAUUUCUACAGCUAUAUUGUAAUCCAACACUUAUAAAGAAAGCUAUUUUAAAGCACUCGUGAUAUAUAAUACCUCAUAUUGACAUUAAUUAUAUCAUUUAUAUAAAUAAAAAGAAGAAAUAAAAAUUGUAUAUAUCAUAUUAGAUCAUAAAAAUCUGUGACCUGCUGUAACAAUGGUGUUAUAUUUUUAUAGACCACAUUUUGUCAUGUUCUGCAUUAGUUCUGCACUGAGAAUUUACCGUGUCCUGUGAAAUAAAUGCAUUAUUUGUAAAGUGUGGUGCUUCUUUUUGAGUGUUCGGUGCUGCGUGUUUGCAGGGUUGGCUGACUGUGUAAAGCACCAGCUGUUUAUCUCUGUACAGCCAUGUCACAUAGCAGUACACUUCAUUCUGUGCAGAGCUCAAACAUAAAAGCUUCUUCUUGCAAGGAUAGUUUUGUGCC